AUGGUCCGACGCAGUGAACGACAGCUUACCCUUCAACAUGCUAUGAUGCUUCUCGAUACACGCCAGCUCAUGCGUAUGGAACGAACUGUGUUGAGUGAAAAUGACAGCGACGAAGAUGACCUUGACAGCCAGCUCAUUUGUUGGAUCCGAUCGAUUGAGAACCGACGAUACCUGUCCCGCCGGAUCAACGAUCCCUUCAAAGCACCACGGUUCCACCACUUCUUGUUCGAGACCCGCCGGACACGAUUCCGAAAACUGUUCCGGGUCGAGCGUAGCUCGUUUGACCACAUUGUGGUCUUGAUUCAGGCAGAUCCCUCGUUCAUGCAGAUGUCAUCCAGCUCUACCCAACGACCAGUGUCCCAUCAACUCCUGGUGUUUCUCUAUUUUCUUGGUGCCAAUGGCAAUGCCGUUUCGAACGAGCACAUGUCGUCAUUGUUUGGUAUUGGUGCUGGCACCAUCGCGUUGUACAUUCGUCGAGUCAUGGACGCCAUCGUGAGGCUGCGUGACCAGUUCAUCUUGUGGCCAAAUCAUUCCGAGGCCAGUUCAAUCUCGUUGGACAUAUAUGCCAUGUGUGGGUUUACCGGUUGCAUUGGCUUCAUCGACGGCACUCUCUUCCCCUUUGAAUUUAAGCCGACGCUGUGUGGUGAAGACUACUACUCCCGUAAAGGAUGCUACGCUGUGGCUGCUCAGAUCAUUUGUGAUCACCGUGGUAUUAUUCGCGACGUUCAUGCUGACUGGCCUGGUUCGACCCAUGAUAAUCGUGUGUGGCGCAACAGCAAAAUCUGGGUUGGAGAAGUACGGGGGCCCGGGUUCAAUCCCGGUCGAUAA